ACGCGCGAGUGCGCUUUCCAGUCCGCGCUCCCGACUCGCAGGCGACUGGCGUGCCCCUGCGACGCCUCCACCGGUUUCAAUCUACUCAAUAUUAUGUCCAUGACGUAUCAUUUAAACUAUGACGUAUAACUGAACGAGUACGCGCCACGAGCCCUCCGUUGUGUUGUGACGUUAGGAAGGACAAUUAGUGCACGUAGUUUUGGGGAAGCGACGAGGGAAAAGUAACUGUUGAUUUUAAAGACAAGAGGAAGAAAUAAUCCAAGAUGGCGCUGUUUGGUAUGGCGUCAGCGGUGGCGGGCUUCGUCAAAGUCCGCUACCUGAUUGACAAGGCUGUCAUCGACAACAUGGUGUUCAGAAUGCACUACCGCAUCACGUCCGCCAUACUGUUCCUGUGCUGCCUUCUCGUUACAGCCAAUAAUCUUAUCGGCGAUCCGAUCUCGUGUAUUAACGACGGUGCGAUUUCCCCUCAUAUCUUGAAUACGUACUGCUGGAUUACCUACACGUUCACCCUGCCCUACACCAAGAGCAAGGGCAUCGCGCAUCCCGGCCUCGGCAAUGAUUACGAAGAGGAGAAGCGCAUACACGCCUACUACCAAUGGGUGCCCUUUAUGCUGUUCUUCCAGGGUCUGCUCUUCUACAUUCCUCACUGGAUCUGGAAGAACUGGGAGGAGGGCAAGGUGCGCAUGAUCUCUGACGGAAUGCGUGGAACAUCCGCCUGCAUCGCAGACGACAAGAGCAAGAGACAGAGUCGAUUGGUCCAGUACUUGUACGACACCCUUCACAUGCACAACACCUAUUCUUUCGGCUAUUUCUUCUGUGAGGUUCUCAACUUUGUCAACGUUGUUGGUAACAUCUUUUUCCUGGACACAUUCCUCGGAGGCGCUUUCUUGACUUACGGCACUGAUGUCGUCAAAUUCUCUAACAUGAACCAGGAGCAACGUUUUGACCCUAUGAUUGAAGUGUUCCCGCGUGUAACUAAAUGCACAUUCCACAAAUUUGGUGCUUCUGGAACAAUCCAGAAACACGACGCUCUCUGUGUUCUCGCCUUGAACAUCCUUAACGAAAAGAUAUUUAUCUUCUUAUGGUUCUGGUUCAUCAUCCUGUCAGUGCUGUCGGGCUUGGCACUAGUGUAUUCAGCUGCUGUGAUCCUCCUGCCGAGUACCCGCGAGACUAUCCUCAAGAGACGUUUCCGCUUUGGUACACCUAACGGCGUUGAGGCACUUGUUAGGAAAACUCAGGUUGGCGAUUUCCUCCUGUUGCACCUUCUCGGUCAGAACAUGUCAAUGCGUGUGUUCGGUGAGGUAUUGGACGAGCUGUCGCGUCGCCUGCAUCUCGGCUCCAACGCACCCUCAGCGCCAUCUACUCUCGAAAUGGCACCUAUCUAUCCUAACAUCGAAAAGUACUCGAAAGAAACCGAGACCUAAGCGAUACGGUAAACUCAAUUAUGUCUCAUUUACAUUUUUUGAGAUAUCUCCCCUUGAUCUUAGGUAAAUCAUUUUUAAAUCUCAAACUAUGUAUUGGAGACAUUGCCAUUUUUUGUUCCUUAUAUUUAGGUAUUCAGAAUAUUCAUACGCUAUAACGGUACCUAGUGUUACGAUUUCUAUCGAAGAUAAUUCCAUUUCAUUAGCUUCAAUACAUUCCUUUGUGUAGACAAUAUUACCUUUGUUAAGGUAUCAAAAACAGUUUACCUUGUUAUUAGGCUUUUACAUGGUCUCAAUCUGAAUGUUGUGAAUGAUAGUAUUUUAUAAUUAUAGCUCCUUUUGGGGAUCAUAUACUAAAUUGAUGAGCAUGACAUUAGUUGUUAAAUAUAUGUAGUGAAAGCAUUGUGAAUUGACAAUUAGACAAUAAAGAGAAAUGUAUGAAAAAUUGAGAAACAAAACAGUGUCUGUGAUCUUACCUAUGCAGGGUAAUAUAAAAAAUCACUAAUCCUAGAAAAAAUAUACACUCUCUAAAUUAAACAUAUCUAAAACAUAGUAAAAGACAUAUCGCUCAAAUUAUUCAGCAUCGAUUUAAAAAUGUAAAACUGUAUACAUAGUUUUUAAACGAAAUACUUUACAUCGUUGAAAGUAUUAUAUUUUGUCUACUGAUUUCAUUUAGUUUAAGAUAGUAAAUAAACGACAUAAGCGAUAUGAAUUAAAUCUUAGUUUAUAUAAGCUUAUGGUGAAUCAUGUAUGAAAUAAGUGAACAUUGGUGCAAAAGAGGUGUGUAUAAUCUGUAUAAAAAAUGUUAUACUCGUUUACUGUACUCUGACCAUUGUGCCAUUGAAGCCGUGUAGAUGCACCAGGCUUGCAUUUGACGAAAAAUGAAUUCCACUUUUUUAUAUAUUGACAUAAUUAGUAUAUAAGUUUUUUUUUUCUAUCAGUCAUUUAAGCCAUAUACAAUAAGUGCCUUAUGUAUCUAACAUCAAUGAAUCUCCAAAAUUCUUCCAUAUUAAUAAUUAAGGCAUAAUAGCACAUAUAGGAUAUGUAGAAUAAUGAAAUUUAUUAUUGCAAAUUUAAACUAAGUAUCGAUUAAUUUGAAUUUAAGCAUUCCUAGAUUAGAUUCGUUUUGUUGUAUUCAACAUUAUUUUUAGGAAGACUGCCUUUGUAACGAUUUCUAUAUCAAUGUAAUUUCUUUUUGAUUUAGAAUAAAAUGAAUUAUAAUA